UGACUGAUGAAAGGACUGCAGAGGCUGGAAGUCAAGCCUGAGACUGCUAAAUCUUCACACCAUUUGCACCCAGCCCAGAGGCAAGGCUGGGAGUGUGCGUGCUGGGAGUGUGCAUGCUGAGAGUGUGCGUGCAGAGGUGCAGCUCUCUGGGGUGCUGCCUUCCCUGGGAGUGUGGCAGGAGCAGCAAGGGGAGCUGGUGGAGCACUCAGCACCAAGCAGAGCAGCGAGGGGAGCUGGAGGAGCACUCAGCACCGAGCAGAGCACCGACGGGAGCUGGUGGAGCACUCAGCACCAAGCAGAGCAGUGAAGAGAGCUGGAGGAGCACUCAGCACCGAGCAUAGCAGUGAGGGGAGCUGACUGGCAUGCUGAUCUGAGCAAAGGGAGCUGGCCAGGCACGUUGCCUUGAGCAGAGCAGCCUUCCCAUUACCCAGCGGUGGGUUCUGUCCAUGGGCAAUGAAGGCGAGGAGUGCCAAAAGCCAGGCAAAGCCCUUUGCAGCUCCAGGCCCGUGGGAUGGGCGGCUCCCUUUGCACUCUUCGGUCAGUGAGGAAGAUGAAGAAGGUGUCUAUGGCUUCUUCUGCUGGAGGAGCAGCGAGCGCAGUCCUGAGGCUGAGCCUGCCUGUGUGUCAACAGGGGACAGCCCCUUGCCCUCGCCGGGUGGGCCUUUCGUCAGGAUAACCUGGGGGCUCCAGCCAAGGUUCAGCAGCCUCACAGAGUGUGGUGCAGGGCAUGGAGGGGAUGCUGCAAGCCAGAAUAUAUUUUUUGACAGUGGUGAGAUGUCGGCUUUUGAACUUUCUCAGACAAAGCAUAAGCAUGUGCUCAAGCAGAGUGAAGCACAUCCAGUGCAGCAGUUCAGUCUGCUCCAUGCAGACCUUGGGACAGACCACAGCAUCCCAGGCUGGAAGGAUGAUGAGGAUAAUGCCUUCUUUCUGUCUUCUGGGGAAGCAAAGAUGUGGCCCAGCUGGCUGUGUUUCACGUUGCUAGAAGAUAGAAAAGAUGCAGAAGUGGAAGCCAAGAGAGCGUGCGCCUGGCUGCGAGCAGCGGGGUUCCCGCAGUAUGCACAGCUGUACGAAGACUCAUUGUUCCCUCUUGACAUCAGUGCUGUGAAGAAGGACCACAGCUUCCUGGACCAGGACUCCCUCAAAUCCCUGUGCAGGAGGCUGAUGACCCUGAACACAUGUGCGUCCAUGAAGCUGGAGGUCCACUUUCAGCGUAAACAGAAUGAAGACUCAGAGGAGGAUGACCUGUGUGCCAUCAGCGACCGGUGGGCUUUCCAGAGGGACAGCAAGAGGUGGUCCCGCGUGGGGUCCAUCGAUGCCCUCUCCCAGGGCUCCGAGGUCCUGAGCUCCACCAUGCGACCGACGUCCAGCCGCGAGAGCGUCCUCACAGACCUCAGCACCACGGCAGAGGCCCUAUCCCUGCACAGCAAUGGCAGCGGGGCUGGGCUGGGGAGCGGGGCCAGGCUGGGGAGUGGGGCCGUGCUACCUGACCCCCCAUCCCCGCUCCGUGCCGCCAGCGCCUCCAGCCGCAGCCCGAGCGAGCGCUCCUCGCCGGAGCAGCCCCUGCGCCGUGGAGACGGCUGCAAGGAGAAGCUGAAGAAGCGCCGGUCUCGCAGCUUCCUGAAGAGGAUCGAGUCCCUGCGGAGGAAGGACAAAGAGAAAGCUGGCCCAGACGAGAGGGUGGCCCCGCAUGGCGGCAUCACGGACACACCGGGAUGGGGCUCCCUGAAGCACAAUGGCGACCUUGCAGCACCCAAGGCCAACCCCUCCAAAAGAGGCAUCUCCUCCUCUUUCCAUGGCAAAAAGCACUUCUUCUCGGUAUCGUACAGGACUAACCGCCUGCUGGGCUCAGGUGGGGACAAGGGGAGCUCUGACCCGAGGCGCGGCGGAGUCUACCUGGAGGACUAUGAGACAGCAGUGGCAGCCAGCGGCACCUGGGCUGCCGGGGAGGGCCCGGCGCGCCGCAGGGACUGCUUGGUCUACGUCCCCCGCGACCACAAGCCGGGCACCUUCCCCAAAUCCCUCUCCAUCGAGAGCCUGUGUCCCUUGGGCGGCAGCUCCCUGGACCGCUGGAACUCGGGUCCGGGGCCGCGGGGGCUGGGGGCAGGCGGCAGCAGCAGCAGCGUGGAGGGCUCGUCCUCACCGCGGGGCUCCGGCUGCCGCCAGCGCCGCGGCUCCUGCAGCUCCCUGGGCAGCCGUGCCAGCCUCUACGACAACGUGCCGGAGUUCGGCAGCAGCGAGGACUUCUGCAAGGAGGACGGGGAGGUGACCUAUGAGAACCUCGACGACAUACUGCAGCACAUGUGGGGGCUGCAGCAGAAAGUGGAGCUCUGGUAUAAAGCCAUCUCCCCCGACCUGGCUGGGGAGGAGGGCGCAGAGGAGGAGGACGAGGACGAGUCAGACUCAGGAGGAGAACCCUCCAACCUGCACUUCGAAGAGCGGUCCAUGUCAGAUGUGGGCACCUCUGCCAGUGACUUUGACAGCACAGGCAACUCCCUCAACGAGGCUGAAGAGAUUGAGACACGGGAGCGCCGGGACUCGGGGGUGGGAGCGUCGCUCACCAGGCCCUGCAGAAAGCUACGCUGGCACAGCUUCCAGAACUCACACCGACCCAGCCUGAACUCUGCCUCCCUGGAGAUCAACCGCCAGUCCUCUGCCCAGCUCAACCUGCUCCAGAAGUGCUCCCUGCUCCGUCUCACAGCCAUCAUGGAGAAGUAUUCAGUGCCCCAUAAGCAAGCCUGGACGUGGACUGUGCCCAAGUUCAUGAAGCGGAGUAAAGUCCCUGACUACAGGGACAAGACGGUGUUCGGGGUCCCUCCCGUGGUGAAUGUGCAGCGCACGGGGCAGCCGCUGCCGCAGAGCAUCCAGCAGGCCAUGCGCUACCUGCGCGGCCAGUGCCUGGACCAGGUCGGCAUCUUCCGCAAGUCAGGGGUGAAGUCGCGGAUCCAGGCGCUGCGGCACAUGAAUGAGACCAGCCCCGACAACGUCAGCUACGUGGGGCAGUCAGCGUACGACGUGGCUGACCUGCUCAAGCAGUACUUCCGCGACCUGCCGGAGCCCAUCUUCACCAGCAAGCUCACGGACACCUUCCUGCAGAUCUACCAGUUCGUGUCCAAGGAGCAGCGGCUGCAGGCGGUGCAGGCUGCCGUUAUCCUCAUGCCUGAUGAGAACCGGGAGGUGCUGCAGACCCUCCUCUACUUCCUGAGCGACAUCGCCUCUGCCGAGGAGAACCAGAUGACGGCCGGGAACCUGGCCGUGUGCCUGGCCCCCUCCAUCUUCCACCUCAAUGUCUCCAAGAAGGAAAGCACCUCACCCAGGGUGAUACACAAGAGGGGCACUAUGGGGAAGCCUGACCAGAAGGACCUCAACGAGAACAUGGCUGCAACACAGGGGCUGUCCCACAUGAUCACUGACUGCAAGAAGCUGUUCCAGGUCUCCCACGACAUCUUGCUCCAGCUGAGCAACUCCUAUAUGGCAGCAGAUGCUUACCCCCAUCCCCUGGCUGACUUCAUCCGUCAGGGGGAAAGUAAGGAUUUACGCUCCUACUUUGAGCAGAGUGUCCAGAACCUCCUCAGAGAGUCAUCAGAGAAAUUCAAAGGGUGGCUGAGCACCCCAGGGCCUGCAAACACAGAGCUCUCCUGCAAGAAGGUAGGGGACGGGCACCCGCUGCGCUUGUGGAAGGUCUCCACGGACGUGGAAGCUCCUCCUGCCACAGUGCUGCACAGGGUGCUCCGGGAGCGUCACCUCUGGGACGAGGACCUGCUGCAGAGCACAGUGGUGGAGGCCCUGGACAAGGACAUGGAGGUGUACCACUAUGUGACGGACAGCAUGGCGCCCCACCCACGCAGGGACUGCGUCGUGCUCCGGCACUGGCGCAGGGACUUGCCGCGGGGCACCUGCCUGCUCAUCUCCCUCUCGGUGGAGCACGACAAGCUGCCGGUGCAGGGGGGGGUCAAGGCCAUUGUGCUGACCUCCCAGUACCUCAUGGAGCCCAGCACCAUGGGCCGCUCCAGGGUCACCCACAUCUGCAGAGCUGACCUCAGGGGCCGCUCACCUGAGUGGUACAACAAGGUCUUUGGCCACCUCUGUGCCAUGGAGCUGGCGAGGAUUCGAGACUCUUUCCCAGCCCUGAGUCCCAACGGCCCAGAGACGAAGAUCUGAGGCAGCAGGAGGAUGCUCUGUGCUGUGGAUUUGCUGGCAGGUCCAGGCUGGGGAUCCCAGGGGGCCACAGACAGCAGCUGAGGAGAAGGAGGCCGAGGCUGCCCCGCUCACAGGCGCAGAUCUAUGAGUGUCCCUUUGCCCUGGGCCAGGGCUGCCCUGACCCACUGUCCUGGCUGCUGCUUCAGCUGCCCCGUGCUCCAGCAGCAGGAUGGCUGCAGAGGUGAAGCUGUGCAGCCUGUGGUCUCUGCAGGAGGGGUGGGAGCAGAGGGGCUGUGGGGAGCCCCUGGGCAGAGCAGGCAGGGCAGCAGCAGGCCUGGGCUUAACCCCUGUCCCCGUGCUGUGGGGGCAGAGGUGUGUGGAGCAAGCGGGGAGCAGAGGCCACGUCCGUAGGUCGCAGGGCUGUGGUGGGAAGUGAAGGGUGGGCAGUGAGGGGGAAUCGUGUGUGUGGUGUCACUCCUGGGGACAGCCAGGGAGUCACUGUGGGGGUGGAAGAGGCUGCUGUUCUCGGGGAAGGAGAGUAGGUGCAGAUACCCAGGUGUCCCUUGGGCAGUGGCAGGAGGAGCCUGAUGCACCUUUGGUGCUGAAUUUCAUAGGAGAGGAAAAAGCCCUUUAGUCUGUGCCUUGCUCUGACUCCAUAGAAGCCUUCUUUUGUGCACCAGGGUUCAAGAGGGGUGGAUGGACAGUGUCCUAAGCCCAGCCCACCCCUAGACCAGCCUGCUUGUCAUUGGGAGGGGGCACAACAAGCCAAGAGCCCCUGAGCAGCUGCCUGGGUAGUUGGCUGCAGGCUGGGAAGCGGCAACGUCCCCCUGGAGUGGUUAUGAGGAGCUGCCCGUGGGAGGGAGGAAGGUCCGUGCUACCACCGGGGCUCCUUCUGCAGUGCCUGGCAGAGGGGAGGGCACAGCAGCCUCGGGGGCAGCCCUCAGGGACAGGGCAGCGUGGGCACAGCUAACAAGGGGUUGACUGGAUGCCAGGUAGCCCAGGCUGAGACAAGCAUGCGCCCACUGUUUGUGGCCUCAGCAGUAUGGGGGGUGGCAGGGAGUGUCUUGGCUUCACCCCAUUCACCCCUCUUUGGGCAGAACUCGUGCCCCUCCCUGCAGAGACAUCCCUUCCCCUUCCCCUGCCUCCCGCCCUCCCUGGGAGCUGAUGUGGUUCCUUCCCGCGGCUGGGAGGGACCCAGCACACCAGCCAUGACCCAGCACCAGUCCUGCCCUGGCCGUGGCAGACACCCCAGGCAGCUCAGCCUGUCCUCCGUGGUUUUAUAUAUAUAUUUUUAAUAUAUAUAUAUAAAAAUAGAACCAACAGUGGGGAGUGAUGUUCCUCCUCAUGUUUGUCAGAAACGUUUGUUUUUUCUAUCUAUAAAUACUUGUACAGUUGGAAUAUUAAUAUAUAACCGUGGUGCCGAGCUCAGCACCGCGUGGUGCUGGCUGGAAAGACGUGCAUUUGCUAUUUCAGGGACUCUGGCUCGUGUCACAGGCCACUGCAGCAGAUGGUUUGACUGGGAUCGGGGCUGCUCUUCCCAUCCGUGUAAUUAAUAAAGUACUAACGAUA